AUGGCGGUCGCAAAACCAGCCAUCGCUGUUCAUGUCGCUAUUGAUCCACGCAAUCAAGGACUUCCCACUGAUGACUACGAUACCGACGAUGAGUCUUAUCACAGUGAAGUCAGCGAUGAAGAUACUAGAGACAAAGUAGAAGACGAUAGUGAUGUGGAAGAGGAGUUUGAUAGCAAGGUUGAAGGUACAGGGGACGAUGAAGAUGAGCACUUGGAAGACAGCGACGUUGACGGCAGUGACUAUGAACGAGCUUCAGACGAUGAGACAUCUGAGAGCGACAGCGAACAUGAAGACGGCGGGUCGCCACAUCAUAAGUCAGCUAGCAAUAUUCAGACACCGCCUGUUGGCUACCCUCAAAAGUCUUCCGUGGUUCCAGAAGCACUGAGGCCAGGACCGAAUGGCCACGAUCCCCGGGCAAUGCCUCCGCAGCAACGCCAAAUUUCUAGUCUAAGAGCUCCAGUGCAUUCGUAUACGCCUUCUGAACUGCGACAAGCAGAUCGGCGCCAAGUUAUCUCUAUUCAACACCAGCACUUCCAAGAUGUUGCUCCGUCUCCUCCGCAAACUGCGCAAACCUCCCAAACAAGCCUGCCGUUAUGGCAGCAGCCCUACCAGCAUUCGAUGCAAGAGGAGGAAGCGGAAGACGAAUAUGAAGAAUAUAUGGAAGAAGCAGAAGGGGAGGAAGAAGGCACCGACGACUACGACGAUCUAGCGCGGGGACCGAUUGUUCAAAGACAGUCAUACGAGUCAGCAGGACGUCAAAUGCAGAUGCCUUCUCAGGAUCAGGUAAUGGAGCGACAACGCCAAGAGCAACUCAGAGCUGCACUGGCAAAGAAAGCUUCAGACGAGCGAAUGGCGCAAGAACAGGAAGCGGCCGAAGCCGCGGCGGAAGCAGCGCAUUAUCAAGCGCAGCGACAACAGAUCCAAGCCCAAAGACAAGAAAUCGACAGAAAACGCCAAGAGAAUAUGCAAGCUGCCAUACAACAGAGACAGCUAGCGCAGCAGCAAGCGCAGGAAGAGGAAGAGGAAGAAGAUGAGCUCGCAGCACAGCAAGAAGCUGCAGAAGCGGCGGCAAACGAGACUGCCCAGCGAAAGUUCGAAUACGCACAGCGUCAACAAGCACUUCAGAUGCAACGAGCGCAGCAGAAGCAUGCGGAUGAUGAACUCGCCGCCAGGGAAGAUGCGGACUGGGCUGAUCAGGAAGCUGAAAAGGCCGCGGCACAGCAGCAGGCCUUCCAGCAGCAGCAACAGUGGCAAGAACAGCAAAGAGCCCAAGACGAUGAAGAGUAUCAGGCACAACAGCAGGCACAGUACCAACAGCAACAGUUGCGAGAACAACAAAAAGCCCAGGAAGUUGCAGAUAAAGCUGCUCGGAAGCAAGCAGCAGACGAAGCCCGCCAGUUUGCAAAGCAAGAGAAAGAUGCGAAGAAGGCGGAGGAGAAAGCAGUAAAGGAUGAGAAGAAAGCUCAAGAGAAGGAGCGAAAGGAUGAAAAGAAAGCGGAAGAGAAAGAGCGAAAGGAUGAACAGAAAGAGGCUGAUCGAGAAGAACGUGAGACUCGUCGAGUGGAAGAUCAGGAGGCCAAACGCGAACGAAAGGCCGAGGAGGAUGAACGGCGGAAAGAACAGCGCGAGAUGGACCGUGAAGCCCAGAAGGCUAAGCGGGCGAAUGAUAUAGAGAUGAAAAGGACACGGGCAGAGGAAAUGCGGGAACGUAAAGCCGAGGAUGCCGUUCAGCGACAACAGCAACAGGAAAUCGAUAGAGAAGCCCGCAAGACUCAAAGAGAACUCGAUGCGGCCGAAAAGACUCAACGAGCACAGGAGCAAGCCGAGCUCAGAGCAGAAGAAGCAUCUCAACGUAUUGAGGAACUCUCCAUGACACAGGAGGCCAGAAAGGCAGAGCGAGAAGCCCAGAGGCAGAUGCAUUUGGCUGAAAAGCAAAGCACGAUGGACGAAAAGGCUGCUCAAGCUACCCAUAGUAUGGCAGAGCAUGCCAUGGAGCAAGAAGCAAAGCGUUCCGAGCGGGAAAUCGAGGUUCAGAGACGCCAGGCCGAACUAGAGGAUAAGAAGGCUCGACGAGCCACUGAAGCUGAGGAGAAGAGAUUAAGAAAGGAGAGCGAAGACGAAGAGCGAGCGCACAAGAGGGCUGGUGAUCAGGAAAAGAAUACUCACCAACAAGAAGAGAGGCAGCGUAUGCAGAAAGAGGAGGACGAGCGACGGACGGAGGCUGACCGCAAGCCGAUGGGAACAGGGCAGCUGGAGGGCAUGAUGAAACCCAAGGACAUCAUGAUCAACAACAUGGCAGUCAUUCGGACGACAAUCAUGGCCACCAACAGGGUAGACACUCAGAUACGCAGCAUGGCGACCCUAGAGGUCCUAAUCACGCAAGUGGAAAUCAUCAAGAUCACGCAAGACAACCUGGACAACAGGGUCAACAAGAUGGUCGCCAUUGGGACGGUAACCAUGGCCACCAACAGGGAAGAUACCCAGCUACGCGACAUGGCGAUUCUAGAGGUCAUGACCAUCCGGGCGGAAAUCAUCCGGAUCACGCCGAAGAGGGCCGUGGUAAUGGACUACGUCAAGAAAGACACCCAUAUAUGCAGCGCGGCGAUCCUAGAGAUCGUGGUCACCAAGGCGGGGCGAGAAGCGCAGGAGGCAAAUUUGGAGGCUGCGCAGAGCCCUAAUAGCCCCGUCGCUCAAAGCAAAGGCAUCAACAACGGAAACGGCACGAAUGCGAACGGUGCCAAGCAAAAACCUGUGAUGGAUCGAGAAUUGGUCUUGCAGGGAAGAAAGGACAGGAAAGAGGCAAAGAGGUUAAAUAAGGCUGCGGGGAAUGAUGCCAAUUCUCAACAAGAGAGCGCAGGUGAACCGGUUAAGGAAGGAACAGACGACACACAAAAAGAUGCUGCUAAACGACCUGCGCGUACGGAGGCUGGGAUAAAGGAAGCGCGGGAGGUGAAGAAGAACGCGAAGCAAGACAAGAAAGCCGCGAAGAAAGAAGCUAACGCCCAGAAAGAAGCUGCUGCCUCGGGUACCAGACAUGACGAUACGACUAAAGAUCAGAAGAGCGCAGAUGAUCCAGCCAGAGGAAAGCAGAGCGCAGAAGACAGCGCAAAGACUCAUCAGAAGAUUGCCGACCACACGAUUACCAACAAGACGGUCAACAACCAGACAAUCACCAAUCAGACGAUCACCAACCGAACGAUCAACAACGAACAUGUUACGAACGCCAAGACCGAAAAGGGACCCUCGAAGAAGGACAUCAUCGCAAAGAAGAGGACCGAACGGAAGGCUAAGAAAGAGAAGGACGCUGAACAUAAGGAUUCUGAAAACAAGGGUUCCGAACACAAGGAUGCUGAACAUAACGACGCUGAACUUAAGGAGAGUAAGAACGGUGGAGCGAAGUCAGACAGUACAGACGCAGACUCCAAAGCCGCCAACAAGAAGGCUAAGGAUGAGAAGAAGGAGGCGGAUGCAAAGAAGAAAGCCGAAGCGAAGGAAGCAGCCUCGAAACUGGAAAUGGUGCACAAGGCUGAGAAAGCUGAUGAGAAGAGCGAAAAGAAGGGGGGUGAGAAGGUUGGUAAGGAAGUUGUUCCAUUUACCAACAAGCAUGCCGAUAAGUCUGGGGAUCCAAGUACUGCGAAAGCUGAGAAAGAGGCUAAGAAAGCGGAAGAGGCCCAGGAGAAGCUCGAAGCUAAACGACUCGCAUCUGAGAAGAAAGCGCAUGACAAAGAGGAGAAACUGAAGCAAAGGUCUCUCAUAAAGCAUGAGUCCUCUGAUGCCAAGAAAGCCGCCGAAACAGAGAAGCAUAGACUGAAGCUCGCAGCCAAAGAAGCGGCCAAGAACAAGAAGCCCGAAGCUAAGCAACUCGCAAUCGACAACAAGCCACAUGAUAAGGAGCAGAAUUUGGAUCACAAAUCCAGCGCGAGUGAAUUCCAGUCGCAUGAAAGCCAUACACAGAGCUCUGAACAUCGACAAUUCAGCCUAUUCAGAUCGAGUGCGAAGCAUGAGACCACGGAUACCAAAGCUGCCGAAAAGGCGGAGCAACGGAGGCUGAAGAUAGUAGCCAAAGAAGCCGCAAAGGGACAGAAGCUGAUAAUGCAAGCCGAAGCGAAGGAACAGAAGCUCAUCACGCAAGCUGCAGCGAAGGAACUGCGCGCAGCCUCUAAUAAAGCUGCAAAAGAACAGACACUCAUACCACUGGCCACCGCCAAACAAGGAGCCGCCGCACGAAGAGACCAAGAAAAGGAAGAGAAACGUCAGAAGAGGAGAGAAGCCCGAUUGAUGAUUGAGCAGCCGAAUAAGGAGCAGAGUUUGGUCAAGUUUGGACGGAGAGAGCAUGACCAGCCGAAACAAGAGCAAAGUCUGGUCUUGUUUGGAAAGAAAGGCCAUGAUCAGCCGAAGCAAGAGCAAAGUCUAGUCAGAUACGAAAAGAAAGAGCAGGAUGAAGCCGCCAAGAAACGGCGGCAGGCAAAGGAAGAGGAAGAGAAACGCAAAAAGAAGGAGGACGCCCGCGUCGAGGCAGAGCGUCUGAAAGGAGAGCAUGUGAAGCUCAAAGCAGAAAAAGAGAAGCUUCAAGCCCAGAAGAAAGACAAAGACAGAGCGGAAAAGGCAGAGAAGGACAGACUAGCAGCAAUCCAGAAGAAAGAGAAGAAGAAGCUUAAAGCUGAGCAGGACGAGAAGGCCGAAGCUUUAAAGAAACAGCAUAAACAAAAGGAAGAAGAAGAGAAACGCAAGAAAAAAGAGGAUGAUGAGUUCUCCAGGGCUCAACAUCUGGCAGACCAAGCGAAAGGUCUAGCCGCAAAGGAACAGAAAGAUAAGAAAGAAAAGGAAGAGAAGCGCCAGAAGAAGGAAGACGACGACUUCGAGGCAGCGCUUCGAAAGGAAGAACUAAAAAAAGCCAAAGGAACGCAAAUCGAGAGGGCUAACCUGGAGAAGAAAGAGAAGGAGAAGCAUACAGCAGCCGACGCAGCUCGUCGGAAAGCAGAACAAGAGAGGACUAAAGCUGAGCAGCAAAGGAAAGAGAAAGCUGCAAAAGCAGCGAAGGAGGAGGACGACGCGUUCAGGAGAAAACUUGAUCAACAGCAUCUAGAGUGGGAGGCGAAGAGGAACGCUGCGAAGAGUGCUCCGAAACCAGCGGCCGCGUCCAGGCCUACAGGUGCAAGUCAUGCUGCUCCUACUAGGAAGGCUGCUCCUGCUAGAAAUGCUGCUCCUGCUAGAAGGCGGAAGUAG